GAAAAGCACUAUCACCGACCUAUUUGGGACAUUCUUAUGUUAAGAGAAACAUAGGCUGUAUGUAUGAUUCCCCAUUUCAAGUUUUGGAACUUUGUAUCAUUAUAUAAUAAGAUAUGAUAUUUAACAUUAGCCUACAUUAUACCCUGGUUUACUAUUUGGCUUGCAGUUGUCUGCUUUUUAAUAGCUAGUUAGAAGAUAUUGCUCAUCGAGCAUUUUGACGUUAGUGACGUUAGUCACAUUUAAAAAGUUUAGAUGUGUUGCGCGUUAGCAUACACAGCGUGCUCAUUUUGAAUAAUACAUAGACCUAGGUGUUUAAGUUGCAGUUUCUGUAGACUAAGUUAACAGUGCGCGCAGGUACCCAAGGGUACCCAAAAACGUUGUCAUUAUGGGCGACAAUCCUGACUUUGAUAACAAAGCAAUUAAAGAGGAGAAAAAUGGUCUGGAUCUGAGGAAAACGAACCCUUCCAAAUCAGUGGACAUAGAAGAACAAAUUGAAUGUACGAGCAUCUCGAAUGAGAACCAGGACAAUAGGCCUUCAACUACCACGCGUUUAUACAAAAGGAGAUGGGUGAUGGUGUUCCUUUUCAGCUGUUACUCCCUGUGCAACGCAUUUCAAUGGAUCCAAUACGGAAUAAUCAACAAUAUUUUUAUGAAAUUCUACAAUGUGGACUCUUUUACCAUUGACUGGAUGUCAAUGAUCUAUAUGUUGACAUAUAUUCCUUUUAUAUGGCCUGUCUCCUGGCUUUUGGACAAAAAGGGACUGCGGUUCAUAGCACUGAUGGCCACCGCAAUUAAUUGCCUUGGGACAUGGAUCAAGGUGGCUAGCGUCAGGUCAAACUUAUUUUGGGUGACAAUGCUCGGACAGUUUGCAAGUUCCCUAUCCCAGGUCUUCAUCCUUGGGAUGCCCUCCCGCCUGGCAUCGGUUUGGUUUGGUUCCGAAGAGGUGUCCACCGCCUGUUCCAUCGGCGUUUUUGGGAAUCAGUUGGGCAUUGCCGUUGGCUUCCUGGUGCCACCCAUCCUCGUGCCAAAUGUUGACAAUAUAGACGAGCUGGCAUACCACAUCAGCAUCAUGUUCUACAUCACUGCUGGAGUGGCCACCGUGAUCUUCAUCCUUGUGGUCUUCAUGUUCCAAGAGAAUCCGGAAAUCCCUCCCACCCUGGCUCAGGUCCAGGCCAGGAGCAUCCCUCUAGAAGAGUACUCCUACGUGGCUUCUAUCCUGAGACUGCUGCGUAACCUACCCUUCAUGCUCCUCGUCAUCAGCUAUGGGCUGAAUGUCGGUUGUUUCUAUGCUGUUUCCACACUGCUGAACCGGAUGAUCACUGAGCAUUAUCCAGGUGAAGAGGUGAAUGCUGGAAGAAUUGGCCUCACCAUUGUCAUUGCGGGGAUGGUGGGGUCCCUCAUAUGUGGGAUCUGGUUGGACAAGACCAAAACCUACAAACAGACUACCCUGGCUGUAUAUCUUCUGUCCUUCGUGGGAAUGGUGGUCUAUGCCUUCACCCUCAACUUGGGCCACCUAUGGGUGGUGUUUGUAACAUCGGGGGCUCUAGGGUUCUUCAUGACCGGGUACCUGCCGCUUGGCUUUGAGUUUGCUGUGGAGCUGACCUUCCCAGAGUGUGAGGGCACCUCCUCAGGCCUGCUCAACUGUUCAGCUCAGAUAUUUGGGAUCAUAUUCACCAUCGGUCAAGGGAAGAUCAUCGAGCACUUUGGAACGUUCGCUGGGAACAUCUUUCUCUGUGUCUUCCUCCUCAUAGGCACUAUUAUGACAGCAUUCAUCAAGUCUGACCUCCGACGGCAAAAGGCCAACCAUCUGGCUGAGACACAGGCGGCAAGUGCUGCAGACUCCCCGUCUCGGAUACAGGACUACGGGGCUACAACACCCAGCAGAUCACAGAAGCAGCAAUCCUGACAUUCACUUCACUAAAACCCAAACACACACCUGCCAAGAAACAGGACGGCAUCUCACCGCCAGCUACACUGAAGGAGGUCAAGGUAUAAGGAGGAAUUCCAGUUGGACAGGUGUGAGAAGACAGCCCAGCACACACUGACAUGUUUGAAAACGACCAAAGGAUGUACACACAAACAGAUACAGUACGUACUGUAAAAAGCAUGCUGCUUUCCCUUUACAAAUGUGAAGGUGAGCACAUGCACAAGUGAUGAAUUUGGAUGAACAUGUAAUUACUACUUAAUUGAAACUAUGACAUGGAGGACGCCUCUGAGGAAGUCAGAGCCCAGGAAUGUACUGUAGGCUGGGGCAUGGACACCCUGCUCUGGCUUUAGUUCCAGUGACUGCUAUUUCUACUGCCUAGCACAACUGGCUCCCCAGAUCUACUCAGGCCAUGCAGAGGAACUCACGUGGAACCUCACAUGUUCUCCCUCGACAGAUAACGAGUUUGAUUGUCAGGCACAACCGGAAGUAUUUCAAGUUUAAUGUCCUGUUAAUUCAUAUUGAAGUGUCACUUUUUGAGAGUACGCUACGAAUGGUUCCUCUUUUCAUUUUCUUUACCUUCGUCUCCAAUCUAAAUCAUGUCAAUGUUGAUGUCUGUGCUUCCUGAUAUGAGCAGUAUUGUGCUUUUUGUUUCCUGACAUUUGACCAAUACUAUACCGUAACCAAACUUAACAUUGCUAAAUGUAUUAAUGUAACUGUUGUAUUUUUGGAAUGCUAGUUAAAGGUAGACUACAGACUCAGUGGUUUCAGUUGAAUGGCAGUCUGUUCAGAGGUUCAGUCAAGCCAACUCACCUAGUGGUUUAACAUGAUUUUGAGAUUGCUAUCUGCCAAAUAGGAUUACAGAGAUACUUGUGAGUACUACUGAUAAUGGUGAAUUAAGCUGAUACUAUAUAGUAUGUCUCAGAAGGAAUCAACCUGCUUUAACCACAUUCUUAGAAUAACUAUUGUAUUUAAUGCUCUGCAUUGACUUGUUUUAGAGCCUAAAACGCAAUGAUAACAAUGUGAGCACAAAAUCAUUAGCGUGACGAGACAGACAAUCCAAUGGAUUUGUCAUUUUGCACAAGGUAGGCUAGUGAUUCU